AUGAUAAAAGCACAGAAAGACUACAAACCUCUGGAAGUGGUGUUUGAAUGCAAACCAUUUAUCAACAAUAUUAUGGAUGAAUAUAAAGGACAGUUAUGUGAUAAAUGUUUGGCUAAAAAGGAUGAUCUGAAGAAAUGUUCGGUUUGUGGACACAUGUAUUAUUGCGACCGAAACUGUCAGCGCAACGACUGGAGGGCCGGACAUCGGUAUGAGUGCCAGAUAUUGAAGAGUCACUACAAGAAGCUAAUCGCUGAACACGAAUUGACCCCAACAUUGCUUAGAUUGUAUCUCAUAAGCAAAGCUGAUCCACAAAUUUUAAACAAAAAGUACGACACUGUUGGCGGACAACAGCGAUGUUUCAACGAUUUGAUGUCACAUCACGAAGACAUUGUCCGCGACAGUCGUCGAUAUUCUUACAUUCAAGGGAUACACAAUACUAUCAGAUCCUGUGAUGUGGAACUACCUAUCAAUGACUUAAUCGAUUUGUAUGGAAAAUAUGUUAUCAAUUCAUUUGAAAAGCGUUUUGACGACCAAUCGGAUCAGUUUUGUGGUAGCAGUAUAUACAUCGGUGCAUCCGUUUUGAACCACUCGUGUGAUUAUAAUGUCGUUUUUGAAUCUAUUGGAAACAAACGUUUUGUAAUAUCUAAACGAUUUAUAACCGCUGGCGAAGAGUUGACCACUUUUUAUACAAAUACUUCUCUGCCAACUGUCACCAGAAGAAUGAAAUUGAAAAAGAAUUUCUAUUUUGAUUGUCAAUGUCGUCGAUGUAUUGAUGACACUGAAGGAGAUGAUGACAUUAAUAGUGAAUUAAGACAGGUAUGUGACCACUGUUUGGCCAAAAGUGAUGGUUUGAAGAGAUGUUCGAUAUGUAAACAUAUGUAUUAUUGCGACCGAAACUGUCAGCGCAAUGACUGGCAGUUCGGACAUCGGUAUGAGUGCCAGAUAUUCAAGAAUCACUACCAGAAACUGGUCGAUGAACACAAUUUAGCAAAACUAUUGCUUAGAAUGUAUCUUAACAUCAAAGCUGAUCCGCUAAUUGUUUACAAAAAGUACGACACUGUUGGCGGACAACAACAGCGAUGUUUCGCCGAUUUGAUGUCACAUCGCGAAGACAUAUUGCGACACAGUUUUAAAGUUAGUGUUAUCCAAGACAUACACAAUAGGAUCAGUUUGUGUGGUGUGGAACUACCUGUCGAUGAUUUGGUCAAUUUGUUUGGUAAAUACACUAUCAAUUCAUACGAUAUGGUCACCAACAAUGUUCGCCAAUCACGCCAUGUAUGCGGCAGCGGAUUGUUUAUCGGUGCGUCCGUUUUGGACCACUCGUGUGCGCCCAAUGUCUACGUCAAAUCCGAUGGCAAUAGACUACAGUUAAUAGCCGACCAAAAUAUUACCGCCGGCGACGAGUUGACCACUUUUUAUGUGAAUAUUUCUUUGCCAACUGUUACCAGAAGAAUGCUAUUGAAAAGUGUAUACUAUUUUGAUUGUCACUGUCGUAGAUGUGAUGACAUUCAUAAUAAUUUUGAUGAUAUUAUGAACUAG